AUGCGGAAGCUGGUGUGCCUAUCGGGAAUCGUCUGCGUCACAAUGCUUUUCUUCAUCGCAGUCUCCAAUGUUUCUUCACCGAAUGAAGUCCCACUAUGGAGUGCCAAUGUGAUGGAUCCACAGAGGAAUGAGAAGACUUUCAGAAUCCUACUCGUCGGGGAUACUGGAGGAAUUCCAAUUCUGGAGACCACUUGGGCGCAACGUGGAGUCAAGGAAACAAUGGCUUUGAUAGCGAAUGAGAAGGAUGUUCAGAUGGUGCUCAACAUGGGUGAUAACAUCUAUUUUACGGGUCCAACCGAUGAAUUCGAUCCGAGAUUUGAGACCCGAUUCGAGGCAGUCUACGACUCUCCGAGCCUCCAAGUCAAAUGGCUUACAAUCGCCGGAAAUCAUGAUCAUUUUGGGAACGUUACUGCUGAAAUCGAGUACACGAAGCAUAGUCGAAAGUGGUACUUCCCGUCUCUCUACUACAAACAAAGCGAGGAAUUCAACGGAACUCGCAUCGAUUUCAUUAUGAUUGAUACAAUUUCAUUGUGUGGAAACACUAAAGAUAUCCAAAAUGCUGGCUUCAUCGAAAUGCUGCGAAAUGAGUCCCAUGAUCCGAGAGGUCCGGCGAAUGUGAGUGCCGCUGAGGAGCAGUGGACAUGGCUGGAGACGAUGUUGAGUCAAAGCAGUGCCCAAUAUUUGAUUGUAUCUGGCCAUUAUCCAAUGCAUUCCAUGUCAUCCCAUGGGCCAACAGAAUGCCUCCGUAUUCGACUCGAUCCACUAUUGAAGCGAUACAACGUCAAUGCAUACUUCUCAGGACACGACCAUUCCUUGCAGCACUUCGAAUACGAUGGAAAUGAGGGUCACAAAAUUCACUACUUAGUUUCGGGAGCCGCUUCUCGUGCAGAUGCCUCGACGAAACAUGUCAAAGAAUUCAGUAAAGAUAAUUUGAAAUUCAAUUAUCCCGAAAAAUCCUGGUUCUCGUGGUCACCAGUGUCACAACUUGGAUUCCGGAAAGGUGGAUUCAUCUACGCCGAAUUUGGACAUGAAUCUGCUCGACUCGACUUUUAUGACAAAAAUGGAAAACAGUUGUACGCGACAUUCAUUCCUACUCGUCGUAUACUAACAGAAUUCGUUACGAAAUCCACUGUUUCUCCAUUUGUUGAGAUUUAA